AUGGCACCGGUUGCGGUUGAGAAUGCUGAUUAUAAGGAGCCUUAUAAGCCCACUUUCAUAGAAGACAAGCUCUUUAUCAAUGGAGAAUUUGUACCAUCGAUAUCUGGCAAAAAAAUUGACAUCUACAACCCAACCACCGAGAAUAUUGCUGCGUCUGUCUACGAGGCUGAUUCUCAAGAUGUUGAUCUCGCUGUCAAGGCUGCAAGAGAGGCAUUCCCGGCUUGGUCGGGAUUAUCUGCUGGUGAGCGGACUGGUUACUUGAACAAACUUGCAGAUGCCAUCGAACGCAAUGGCGAUGAGAUUGCUUACCUGGAGGCAAUCACCAUGGGCAAGCCCUACGUCGAUGAUUUUUCCAUCAAGUUGUCAGUUCACUUCCUACGCUAUUUCUCUAACAAAGCAUUCGAUGUCACCGGAGAUUCAAGUCUCAACACCCCAGGUUAUGUAAACCUAACUUUUCGCCAACCUUACGGCGUCUGUGGUGCCAUUACACCUUGGAAUGUGCCCUUACUUAUGUUGAUCUUUAAGCUUGGUCCAGCCCUCGCCACAGGCAACACCUUGGUGGCAAAGUCGUCCGAAAAAUCCCCUCUGUCCUCCCUCGUCCUCGGUCGCCUAGCCCGGGAAAUUGGUCUCCCUAAGGGGGUUUUGAAUAUUCUGUCCGGCUACGGCCGUCCCUGUGGCGAAGCGAUUGCUAAGCACAUGGAUAUCCGCAAGGUGAGCUUUACGGGCAGUACAAUUGCAGGCCGCGAGAUAAAGAAAGCCGCUGCGGAGUCCAACCUUAAGAAUGUAACUCUCGAACUAGGCGGCAAGUCUCCACUCCUAAUUUUCGAGGACGCAGAUUUGGCCAAGGCUGUCCCAGCUGCCGCUGUUAGUAUCCUCGUGAACAGUGGACAGAAUUGCAUGGCCACUUCUCGUAUCUAUGUCCAUGAGUCUGUCGCAGACAAUUUUCUCGACUCUAUGAAGACCGCCAUGACCCAGUUCUUCCCCGCGGCGGAUCCGCUCCUCCCAGGCUCAGGACGAGGCCCACAGGCUGAUAAGGCUCAAUUCGACCAAGUUCUGUCCUUUCUCAACUACGCCAAAGAGAACAACUUCAGCGUCCCAUUGGGCGGUGGCCGCUUAGGCACCACAGGGUAUUUCAUUGAGCCGACUAUCAUUUUCAAUGCUCCAGAGAACUCGAGGAUCAUGAAAGAGGAGAUCUUUGGACCGGUUUUGUGUAUCAGCACAUUCAGUCAUGAGGCAGAGGUCAUCAAGCUUGCCAAUGACUCUGAAUUUGGGCUAUAUUCGAGCGUCUUCACCAAGGAUCUAUCACGCGCGCUGAGGGUGGCCAAAGCUCUCGAGGCAGGGAAUGUGGGUAUUAAUUGCUCGUCGCCGAACUUGGUCGUCGACAUGCCGUUUGGAGGCUGGAAACAGAGUGGCGAUGGGCGGGAGUUGUCCAAAUAUUGCACAGACUUCUGGACCGAAGUAAAGAGCGUCUAUAUAUCACUGUAG